UUAUAUUCGUAUGGUCUAUUUGUCUAUUUCUAUUUCCAUGUUUAGUCAAUGGUGUUUACAUUUACAAUAUUGUUGGGGUUCUCAUGUUUUAAAUGCAGUAAGGUCGGGUGUCAGAACUUCUGAAUUUAAUUGAUUAGUAAGAGGUUGACACAUUAAAAAAAAAAUGCCGCGUGUAAUUGGUCAAGAAACUUUUGAUGAAGUGGUAAGAGAAAAUAUAAAUGAAUUUUCAAUGUCUCCUGAGGAUGCUGUAAAAGAUGCAAUUCUACAGUUUGAAGCACAGGGCGUGGACCUCGGCAACAUAGUCACGGAGUCGCUCAGCAGGCUGAGCACCGGCGCCACCGAGGCGGUCACCUCGGCGGUGCAGAGGGUGGUCGCACUGCAGAAGGACCCGUGCAUGACCAAGGACCUGGUGGGGGCGUUGGACGCCCUGCGGCACGAGCUGGACAAGAGCCUUGCCCACAAGCUGCUCGCGGGGAAGGGCGGGUGCCAGGACGUCCUCCUGGACCUGCUGGAGGAGGAAGACCCCAACCUGGCCGUGCUGGCGUCGGCCGCCGGCUGCCUGGCGUCCCUCGCGACGGGCCAGCCCGACCUGCUGGACGGGCGGGGCGCCGACGUGAUGCUGCGCACCCUCGCGGCCCCUCUCCCCUCGUGCGUGCACGCGCCGGUGCUGGAGUGGGCCGCGCAGUGCUGCCUCAAGCACGAGGGCAACCGCCAGGACCUGGUGAAGCGGGGCGUGGCGGAGCGCCUCCGGCCGCUGCUGCGGUCCGACGCCGCGCUGUCCCCGAGCGUCAGGGCCGCGUGCGGGCUGAUGCGGGCCCUGGUCCUCGACGACGACGUGCGUGUCGAGUUCGGGCUCGCGCACGAGCACGCCAGAGAGCUGGCCACCCGAGUCCUGUGCACGCUCGUGGACUUGGCCAAAAGAUUUGAUGAUGCAGAGACGCUGAACGAGCUGCUGAUGACGUUGUCCGCUCUUAUUGUUCGUAACGAGUUCUGCGGGAUGUUCAAAGAUGCCGGAGGAUUGCAGCUGAUCAAGGGAAUCAUGGAAAAACAGCUUCAAGAUAAGGACCUGAUGCAGCAGUGCUUGAAGCUGCUGAAGGUCCUAGCCGGGAACGACGACGUGAAGGCGGCGAUCACGUCAGCUGGAGCCGCCCCGCUCAUUGUGUUGGCCAUGAAUGAGCACCUGGAUUCGGCCCCGCUGGUGGGCCAGGCCUGCGGCACCAUCGCCGCCCUCACGCUGCGCAGUCCCGCCAACAGCAAGCUGCUCGUGGAGCAGGGGGUGGCAGACGCCGUGCUGGACGGCAUGAGGACGCACGCCAAGGUCCUGUCGGUGCAGAAGCAGGGCAGCUGGGCCAUCCGCAACAUAGUAUCCCGGGACAAGUCCCUGGGCAGCGCCUUCCUGCAGCGCGACGCGGAGGGGGUGCUGCGCGAGGCCCUGAAGCGGCACGGCGCGGUCUACGACCACGAGUACGACAUCAAGUCGGCGCUGCGCGACCUCGGCUGCGACGUGGAGCUGCGCGAGCUGUGGACGGGCAAGGGCAAGGGCGCGCUCAACUGAGGCCCUUCGGGGCGAGACCCCCUCACCUCCGGCGACAUCAUAGUGAGAUCCCUCCAUCGUGUAUCGUAGCAGACCAAUGAAAUAAGCUUGUGACUCCAGUCGAAAUAAAUUAUCAGGGUUUAGCAAUGACUUACCACAAUCGUAAAAACUACUUUCGUACUACUCUUCAUUAUCUUGACUCGCUUACCUUGAAGAAAAAAUGUAGCUCAUGUUUAUUCCAACAGCAGAACAACUAGUACUAGUAGGAAGAUUUAGCACAAGUUUUCCUACACGAAUCAAUAUCUCAGGGAUCUAAGUUUUCAUCUGCCUACAGGGCACCUCUGAUGUGGAGCCUGCUAACCAAUAGAUUAAAAAUAACUUAUAACAAAAUUUUAUGAAAAUAAACUAUAUUAUUUAUUAACAAAAUACUUAAAAUUACAUAUAAUCUUUUUGUUAAUAAUUGUCACAACCAACUUAUAAGUUAACCCUGUAACUCAACAGAGAGUGAUGAUAACUUUUAUUUAAGGUUCUUAGCUACUAAGCUUAAAAUUAUCUCACGGUUAAAGUGACGAAAUCAAGGUCGAAAUCGCCUCCUCUCUUGAGCUAGUCUGCCAGUAGGGACGCUCAACUUGGAACUUGCAUGUUAAAUGACUGAUUACCUCGACUCACCUGUGACCCCUGACCUGCGAACGAACAGCGACUUGCCCUCUGACUGUACAAAUGUCUUCUUCUUGAACAAAUUGAAGCGGGCAAGUUUCUACAUUUAACGACGUGCCUCAAUCAUCCCGACCGAGCCUAACUCUCACAGAAAGAACCACGAACUACCAUCCAAUUUCAACUGAUCCCAGAGGGCCAGUCUGAGCCCUGCCUAAUGGCUCGUACUCGCGUGAAAACACGUACCCCCUUGUCCUUCCGGAACAUACCAGUGUGCACCUUUUAGAAUUUCGCUACCACGGUGCAGGCCAUCUGAGUGGGCCCUGCACCUCGAUGUGCCAAUUUUGGCACAGCGUGACUCGCAGAUGCGCCAGGCGACAGCAUAAGGCUGGGUUUAUAGAAAACGCAAUAACGCAGAAACGCAAGAAACGCAACUACGGUAAAAGUCCAACCUUAACUCUUCUACCAGCAUGUUUAUAAAAUACGCAAGACACGCAAUAACGCAAGAAUGCAACGCAGAAGUUGUUCAACUUUCUACUUCUUGCGUUUUCUCCUUGCGUUUCGGCCUUCUAUACUGGUUGCUUUAGUAUGUGGGAACUGAAACUGUCAUGUAAUGCAUAUAGAAGGCUCUGCGAUUGUAGUCGUUACGCUUGUGUUUCUUUAUUUAUUUAUGUUUUGGGCUGACAUCUGGCAUUCUUCUAGUGAAUACAGCGAAAUGGAGGAAACUGAUGAAUUUCUUGUUCAGCUUAUCCAAAAUUUUCCCUGCCUGUACAACAAAGAUUUUAAAAAUAAUCAUGACUUAUUCCUGAAAUUUUAUUUUUUGACGUUGGCGAUGGCCGGUGUCCUUGCGUUUUUUAUAAACGACUGUGAAUUUCUUGCAGUUGUCGCGUCCUGCGUUCUUGCGUUUCUGCGUUCUUGCAUUUUCUAUAAACCCGGCCUAAGCAUGCUGCUGACGCAGGGACCGGACGCUAGAAUGUUGGGAAUCUGUGCAACAUCACACCCCACAUGUCACCCUGUUCUCUAUUCUGAGUCGCGCCCGCCCGCGGGAGAAAGAUCUGAAGAACUCACUCUGAGUUCACACAGUGGAUCACCAAGAAUUGAAAUUUGGCAACACAGGGAAAAUUUUGGACUGUGCUGAUUUUAUUUUAAAUAUCAUAUAAGACUAAUUUCCAAAUAGACAGAAUAGACAUUCUAACCCACCGCAUUUAUCUGCAGACAUUGUCUGAACUAGGCAUUAAUCAAGUUAAAUUAAAUGUUUGUUAAUUAAUAUCUUAAGUGUGUUUAGCUUUUUCGCAGUGAUUGUUCUAACAUUGUAAUGUUCCUGCAAUUUGCCUUGCUGUGAUAUAACUUAAUUUUUAAUUAUUUGUAACUCUAGUGUACUUUUACAUUUAUUAAAUAAACUUUUUUUUUAUUUUGGC